GGGUCAAACUCGCAACAUUGACUCUCAAUACGUGCAGUUGAAGUCAACGCUCUCCACACACACACCUUCAACAAGCCACGGCCUCGACCGCUGCAUCUGACCUGCGUUCUGAUCUGAUCGUUACAAGACUCAUCAUUUGUACUCUCUCUGGUAUCUUCCUUCGCCUCUCAGGCAUUCCUAAGCGUGUCCUGAUGAGCACCGGGUGCCCGUAGUCGUGUAUCUCGAGCAGCUCCUCCUACCAUGGCCUCCGAUGGCGCUUCAUCAAUUUCAGUCACUGUUCGAGUCAGACCAUUCACAAUCCGGGAGGCCGCUCAACUAACAAAAUGCGACGACACAACAAUCUUUCUGGGUGAUGGGUCGCUGGCGGCUGCACCAACCCCCAAGCUCUUUCAGAAGGGCAUCCGGUCCGUCAUCAAAGUCGUCGAUGAGAAGUGUUUAGUAUUUGAUCCUCCCGAAGACAAUCCUGUUCAGAAAUUCUCACGCUCAGUCGUUCCCUCCGGUAAAAGGGUCAAAGAUCAGACGUUUGGAUUCGAUCGAAUCUUUGACGAAAAUGCAUCUCAGGGCGAAGUUUAUGAGGCCACUACAAGGCCACUGCUGGACAGCGUCUUGGACGGAUAUAAUGCAACGGUGUUCGCUUAUGGCGCCACGGGUUGUGGAAAAACUCAUACCAUCACUGGCACCACUCAAGAACCGGGCAUCAUCUUCUCGGCUAUGAAGGAGCUUUUCGAGAGGGUCCAAGAGCAGUCCGGCGAAAAGAUCACCGAGAUAUCGUUGUCCUAUCUCGAGAUCUAUAACGAAACCAUCCGCGAUCUGCUCGUCCCAAGCAGCGUCAAAGGCGGGUUAAUGUUGAGAGAGGAUUCGAAUCAAGCGGUCUCGGUUGCAGGGCUUUCCAGUCACCAUCCACAAAGUGUCGAAGAGGUCAUGGAGAUGAUAGUGAGAGGGAAUGAGAUGCGGACAAUGUCACCCACAGAAGCCAACGCAACUUCUUCUCGUUCACACGCUGUGUUGCAGAUCAACGUUGCCCAGAAAGACAGAAACGCCGGUGUCGAGGAGCCUCACACAAUGGCCACUUUGAGCAUAAUCGAUCUUGCUGGGAGCGAGCGUGCAAGUGCCACUAAGAAUCGAGGCGAACGACUACUUGAAGGUGCCAACAUCAACAAGUCCCUCCUGGCGCUGGGCAGUUGUAUUAAUGCUCUCUGUGACCCCCGCAAACGCAAUCACGUUCCUUACAGAAACUCGAAACUCACCCGCCUGCUCAAAUUUUCUCUGGGUGGGAACUGCAAGACGGUAAUGAUCGUUUGCGUUAGUCCCUCAAGUGCGCAUUUUGACGAAACGCAAAACACUCUCCGAUACGCCAAUCGAGCGAAGAAUAUUCAAACAAAGGUCACCAGAAAUGUGUACAAUGUCAACCGUCAUGUUAAGGAUUAUCUGGUCAAGAUCGACGAACAGAUGGCGCAGAUCAACGAACUAAAAGCUCAGCUGAAAGAUGCCGAGGCCUUUGCUUUCGCCAAGUUCAAAAAGCAGAAUGAGAAGAAGGAAAACAUUGCCCGAGAAGGAGUCCAACGAAUCAAAGCGGCAUACGAAAAUUCCGGAGCAGAGAGGCAAGAACGAACCAACAACAUGAUCAAGCUGAAGCAAAUAGGCCGAAGGAUUGCCAUGCUGUCUUCAUGGAUCUCUGCCUUCGAUGCCGUCUGUGACGGCCUGGAUGAAGAAGACCUCAUGAAGAAUAUGCAUGCUGUGAAAAAGACAGCUCAAGGCAUCAUGAUGGAGUUGGAGAGUGGCCGGCAUCACUGCCAACAGAAGGUUCUCAAGAGCACCUGGGAUCGUCCCAUGAACACGGCACUGGAGCAUAGCUUGAAACAGCUGAAGGAAGUGGAUACAGGCGACAUGAUUGACUCUGAGAUGCUUCGACGCGAAGUGGAAAUGCUCAAGCUGAAUGCUGAGCGGGAAUCUUUUGCAGCUUUGGCCGAGCAAGACAAGAACGGAGACGCACCCACGAUUCAAGUUCUCCUACGUGCUCACUUUGACACUAUCGCUGCCAUUGAAAGCUUGAACCGCAUGAGCGUGGACGAGGCAGUUGAGGCAGCCACUCAAAUUUUGGGAAAGAUGAUCAAUUCCGCCUCUGGCGCAGCAUCGUACGUCGUCAAACCGGAUGGAAGUCUUGCACCAGUCGAGGCGUUUGCGCCGACUAAAGCAGGAACUCCCAAGCGGCGCAAGCAGAGUGUCAACAGUUCUAUCCUCGAAGGAAGCCCCGUGAGAGCGAAGCCCGCAACCGUGGCGGCUCCUCAUCUCACGGUAUCUCCAGCCAAACCCUCGCCUAGACGUCGUGGUCUGCUGGGAAGUGCAAAGAAGGGUGUCCAGAUAUCCUUUACCCCGAAGAAGAGAAAGGCUCCUCUGAAGGGCAUUAAACGAGCAGUAAGAUGGAAAGACGACAUUGAGGAUGGCGCACUUGCGGAGUUUGAGAAGACGCCCCAGAAGUUUCCAUCGUCGGACGAAUCGACCACUGAAAUCAGCAUCCCCCAGAUGUCAGACCUGACUUCGUCCUUCUCGAAACUACAAACGCAAUCUCCCAAUUCUUCGCCCAUUCCUCCUCCGCCGGAAGCUACUCUAAACGUCCAACCGAAGAGCAGUCGCUUCCAAGCCGGUUUUCUUUCCAAGAAAUAUGACGGCUCGCCCCUCUCCUCAAGCAUGAUGAUGCCCCCGAAGAUGACACCGCUGUCAUCCUCAGACAGCGAAGCCUCACCGCUGAGAGAAAUAGACGCAAGCAAGGCGUCGAACCGCCGCUCUUUCAUCCCCACGCAACAAAGCAAAGAAGCAGUAGAUACAUACGGUGACCCCGGCCAUAACUCCUCGGCGACGAACUCCGACACCGAAAACCACAACAGCACCGCGUCUGACAAAGAAGAUGUACUUAAGAUUCGAGAAGCAGUAAAACGCUCCUCAUCCCUCCGUCGCUCAGGCAUUCAUGGGUCUCGGACUCAACGUCGCCGAUCGCCGACAGCAGCAACGGCGGGAGUCGCUGGUUCUCCAUCCAACGAGUCGAUGUUUGCGGCCGGCCAUGUUAGGAGAAUGGUCCAUGGCGCAAAGAACGAGCUUUUAAAGGAGAACGACGCAGGGUCUUGGAAGGUUGGCGUGCUUAGCCCCCGCGUUCAAGGGAUUGUUAGUCAUGGGAAGAGCUCUUUGGGGGCGCAGUCAAAUCCAAUGCGGCGGACGACAAUGAGUGGGAUGGAUGUGCGAGGAAAUGGCGCACCCAACAGCGGCAGCGGUGGCCCUGAGCGGGCGGGAGGAGUGAGGCUCUCUUCUAUCACGGCUGGGACAAGUGGGCACGGGCAUUCUGCCAGCAGGGGGAGUUUAAUGCCUACUGGGAAGGCAGUGUGGCGCUAAUCCAAAGGCGAUCUGUCGAUUACAGUUAGGGGAAGAAAAGUCAUUUCUUGAGGGUUCGCAAGUCUUUUGACUGAUCGUUCAUAUUUGGGUGUCACAGACAGACUUGUGGUUGGGUCUGCGACCGGAAGCAAAGGCUAAGCACAGGUCAUCGGAGUACAGGUCUUGGACACGGACUGGACGGAAACGGACGGUAUGGCUGGGACGACUCCAAGAUGAGGAUUAUUAUGAACAAGGGCUUUGGGUUCUAGGAUGUGAUCGGCUUGAAGUCGCUGUUGGAGAAAGCCUGUGGAGCCGUGAUCCUGGGACAGUCGGCUUUCCGACAAGAAGGCAAGCUCCACGGGCGCUUUCGGGCUUCUGUUCUCUUGUUUGUAAAUCAGUUAGACGUUUCCGUUCCGCGGAUUGACGCUCGACAGCUGGUCCAGCUGUAUAAUGGUGUGAAGAAACGAGACUGUUCAUUACAAA